UCAAUGAAACAUGGACGCCUUUGAGCUGUUUCGGAAGCUCGGCGCUGGAGCAAAAUUUGAUCUUAAGAGGUUUAGGAGCGAUGCCGAAAGGUUUAAGGUUGUCAGGCCUCAGAAGAAAGAGGAGCCUGGUCCUGAUGACAUCCUAGCCGGGAUAGACUUUUUCGGUGGAGGCGAGCAUGAUAAUGUGUCCAUCAGCAACAAACAAUACCAGCAGGAUGAUGGAGGCGAGGCUGAGGAAGACUCCCGGCCUGUGGGAGGGCAGCCGCAGCGUGCCGAGAAAAGGAAGCAAGAUUCUGAGGCUGCCUCUCAGAAGAUGAGUAAAAAGAAGAAAAACAACAAAAAGCAGACACAAGAUUUGAGUGUUGUGAGUGUUAGCCAUCAAGGAUCAGUAGAAGUUGAGGGGAUCCAGUGGACAUCAUCUGUGAGUGGGGCAGCCAAAGGGCCCAGUGGGGCCAACAAGGACAAAAACAAAUUCUCACAGAAGAGACUGAAGCAUCUCCACCAGGAAAAGGUGAACCGGAUUCGGCACCAGAACCGGAUCAAUGUUCAUGGUAUAGACAUCCCUGAUCCAGUCGACACCUUUGAAGAACUCCAGGAGGAGUACCAGCUCAACCCAAGAAUCAUCCAGAACCUCCGUGCAGCUGGGUUCCAGACUCCCACUCCCAUCCAGAUGCAGGCCAUCCCCCUCAUGUUACAUAGGCGGGAGAUUCUGGCCUGCGCACCCACAGGCUCAGGGAAGACCGUGGCUUUCUGUCUGCCACUGCUUGCCCACCUCCACCAGCCCACCAAUAAGGGUUUCCGGGCUCUCAUCAUCUCUCCCACUCGGGAGCUUGCCAGCCAGACCCAUCGGGAGCUGUGCAAGUUGUCACAGGGUAUUGGCUUUAGAGUACACAUCAUCGACAAAGGAGCUGUUGCAGCCAAGAAAUACGGGCCCAAGUCUGCCAGGAAAUUCGACAUCCUGGUGACCACACCCAAUAGACUGAUUUAUCUGCUCAAGCAGGACCCACCUGCCAUGGAUCUGAGCAGUGUGGAGUGGCUGGUAGUGGACGAGUCAGACAAGCUCUUUGAGGAAGGGAAGACUGGCUUCCGAGAUCAGCUGGCCACCAUCUUCUUGGCCUGCACGUCUCCGCACAUUCGUCGAGCCUUGUUCAGCGCUACUUUUGCCUUGGAUGUGGAGCAGUGGUGCCACCUCAACCUGGACAACCUGGUGUCCAUCAGCAUCGGACACAGAAAUUCUGCAGCUGACACAGUGGAGCAGGAACUGCUGUUUGUUGGCACAGAGAAUGGGAAGCUGCUGGCCAUGAGGGACCUCAUCAAGAAGGGGUUCAUGCCGCCCGUGCUCGUAUUUGUACAGUCCAUCGAGCGGGCCCGUGAACUCUUCCAUGAGCUGGUGUACGAGGGUAUCAACGUGGAUGUGAUCCAUGCUGACCGCACACAGCAACAAAGGGACAAUGUGGUAAGCAGCUUCCGUUCUGGGAAGAUCUGGGUACUGAUCUGCACUGCGCUGCUCGCUCGCGGGAUUGACUUCAAAGGCAUCAACCUGGUCAUCAACUAUGACUUUCCCACCAGUGCAGUGGAGUACAUCCACCGAAUUGGUCGCACAGGGAGGGCUGGACACAAGGGGAAGGCCAUCACCUUCUUCACAGAGGACGACAAGCCUCUACUUCGCAGCAUUGCCAAUGUUAUCAAGCAAGCUGGCUGUCCUGUUCCUGAUUACAUGAUUGGGUUUAAGAAGAUACACAGCAAACUGAGACGCAAACUGGAGAAAAAGCCACCCCGAAGGACAACGAUCCGCACCACACCACGAUUCCUCAUGAAAAAGGGCGGGUCCAAACAGAGCAGGCGGCAGAGGAAGAAGAAGGAGGGAGAUUCCACAGAGCUGGCUGUCACCAAGAACUCCGCCAGCUGAGCAUGACCAAGAAGUUAUGGGUGUAUGCAUGGAUGGAUGUGUGUGUGCUGUUUGUGGAGUCUUUUUUUUAUGGUUAUGAUUUUCAGAAAAUUUGAGUCCAGCUAUUUUUUUCAUACUGGAGAGUAUAUGUAUUUGGACUUUGUUGUCUAUUAAACAAAUAUGC